GCAACUUGCUGAAAUAAAAUACGUUUUUUUUUUUUACAUUUAAUAUAAAAUAAGUUUGUUUUUUUGUUUUUUCACUUUUUGUUUCAGUUAAAAUUGACUAUUUCAAGUAAAAUUAUGUUUUUAUGGCUUUAUUUUUAGUUGAUAAUAUUAUAUACUGAUAAUAUUGUUUGUAGCUAAAAUAAAUUAGCAUUAGCAUUUUCAUUAGCAUCUCAGACUUUUGGACCCUAUAAUAAUAAUAAUAAUAACAGUAAGCAAGUAUUUAUUUAUUUUACAUUCUAAUACAGUAGGGUCCAACAGUCUGAGACCAGUAAUGGAAACGUUAAAUUUACUUUUUCAUUACAAACAAUAUUAUCGGCAUAUAAUCUGAGUGAAAAGUGAAUCUGAAACAUUCAGUAUUUGGUGUUUCUCUUUUUUUAUGUAAAUAAAUUAAUAUAAUAAAGCCUUAUUAGGAUUUUUUGGAAGAUGAUAAUUUUACAGAAUUACUUUUUAAAACACUUCAUCUUCUAGAGAAGAAAAAAUGACUUCUGCGUGUUUGAUCGCAGACUCUUGUGUUUCAUGUUGUCUGGCAGACUCACCACAGAUGUGUCAAACUUGGCACUGAACAGAAAGAGGAAUUAAACUUGCCUCCACACUCUUUAAAUAAAGGUGCUUUAUGCCACAGAAGAACCUUUCUGUCUAAAUGGUUCCAUAAAUAACCUUUAACAUCUGAAGAACCUUUCCGUUUCACAAAAGCUUCUUUGUGGCGAAAGAAGGUUCUUCAGAUUAUAAAAAGGUAAGAAAGAGAUGAUUUUUAAGAACCUUUGACUGAAUGGUUCUUUGUGGAAUCAAAAAUGGUUCUUUUAUGGCGUCGCUUGAAGAACCUUUUGAAUCACUUUUAUUUUUAAGAGUGCAGUGGCAGCUCCAGGAUUUUUUUGUUGGGGGGGCUUAACAGUUCAGAGGGGGUGCUACAAAACUAAUUAAAUUGAGUGAAAGUAAUGAACUUCAACCAUCUAAAUAGCAUGCAAAUUCAGCCACCUUGUGUUUUUUAUAUACAGCAGCUUCGAAAAAGGCAUUUUACUUUUUUUAUCUGUAAUAUAACUAAUAAUGCCAACUGUCAAAUAUGACAAUUAAUACAAUUUAUGAAUGCACAUAGAAAAGAGAAAGUAGGGAUUUUUAUUCUUUGUUUUAUUUUUUUAUUUUUACACAUCCAUUUAGUCAUUUUUUCUGACCAUCAAUCACUUUCAAUUCCAACUGGCAGGAAAACAUGGUAAAUUCGAACCAUUUUUUACAAUAAAUAAAGUGCUGACAAUUCAUUCAACUACGGGCCCCGUGUGUUGAGGGGGGUUCCAAUUAAUAUAGGCCUGUUACAUUCUUCUUAUUAGGUCUAUUAUUAUUAUCAGGUUACUUUUAUUAUUAAAUCAGUGAUAAUUUCAUAGCGCAUCACCGCAUGACGCGCUGUGAGGAUAAUUAAAGUUAAGACUAUUAACUUACUCCUCGUUGAAAUUGUUUUUUUUUUUUUAACAGGUCUAUUAAUUUAUACAAUAGCCCCGCCUUAGCGCCACCACUGCCUGCCUCAUACACAUUUCAACAUCUCUAAAAGAUAAAUAUGAAACACGCAUUCAGUAUAAUGACUCAAAACACUGAAACUACAGUCUGCGCAUCUAAAUAAUUUCCAAUUUGUGGAUUUCUGUUUGUAGUGACUCAUGUAAACCAAUCUGUGUGUUUACAGACUGAAGUGCUUUUCCUACACAGAAUGAUGUGAUUUAUGCAAUAAAUAAACUAUCUUAAAUAUGCAUGCACAUAAUAGUGUUUUCUUAUUUCUAAAAAUGUUCUGAGAAUAUGACGUUUCGCUCUCUGUUCAGGACGGAAUGUUUUCACCCAUAUGCCAGAGUUACAGGUAUGAAAUAUACAAGUGAAGGGAGAGGAAGAAGAGACGGAGAGUCAUGGCUUCAGAUGUGAUGUGCUUGUGUGUUUUUCUGCUCUGCUCUGGACUUCAGUUCACAACAGGUUGUGAAGUGUUUAGAUCAACGGUCAGUUGUUCUUCAGGAGAGUCUGCGCUGCUGCCCUGCAGGGAUAUAAACUCCCAGCACACAGGAGUCCAGUGGUGGAUCUGUGAUCCUCAGAUGCUCACUCUUAAAUACUCAGUGUAUCCAGCGGACGCCGUUAAGGGUCAGCGAUACAAAGACAGAGUUCAGACUCACGGGAAUCUUUCGCUGUCCAUCACUCGACUCACUGUAGACGACGCAGGAACAUAUUGCUGUAAAACAACAGACCCUGACAAAAUGAGCCAUGUUCAUCUAACUGUUGAAGGUUGUUCUGUAUCAGGGAAUGAAGGAUCAGUGGAGAUCGGCGGAUAUUCAGGGGACUCUGUGCUUCUGUCGUGUUCGGUCAAAUGUAGCGGCCGUUAUGAACCAGGUUCAGAGUUCAGAUGGAAAUUACCAAACAAUAGAGAAAUAAAGCAGGCCAUUGACUCCACUGAACUCCAUCGACUCUAUCAGGGCAGAUUUCACAUGUUUAAUAUAAGUUCAGGAAAUCUCUCUCUGCUGAUUUCUGACCUGACUGAGAAAGAUGAAGGACCGUAUUCCUGCUGGAGUAAAGAGAAUCAACACAAGAACUUCACUCUCACUGUUACAGGCUGCACAUUAUCAGAGACUGGACAGAAACCUAAAACAAAGUACACGGGUGACUCUGUGCUUCUGUCCUGCUCGUGUGAAGACCCAAACGCCAAACCUGAGGACUUCAGAUGGACCCAUGUAGAGUCCAGUGGGACUGAAGUGUCCAAUGAAACUCCACGGUAUAAAGACAGAGUUCACAUGUUUCACAAGACGACUCCAUCAAAUCUGUCUCUGUUGAUCUCCAACCUGACUGAAGACGACCAGGGCACUUACAGAUGCACAGUUAACAACAAAACAUCCGCUGACACCAAACUCAUCGUUAAAGGCUGUGUUUUAUCCGAACAUCACAUCACCAAGAGCUCAUACGCAGGAGGAUCUGUGACUCUUCCAUGUUCCUGUAAAGAUCCCAAAUCCAAACCAGAACACUUUGAAUGGAAGCGAGCAGCUGUGAAUGAGACGCUGGUUUCAGACGCCGAAGAGAUCAACGGCCGAUUCCAGAUGAUCAGAGAUUCUCCUCAUAAGCUCUUCUUACGGAUCUCAAACCUGACCGAGACUGACGGAGGAGUGUAUGUGUGUUCAGUCAACGGCAAACAAUCCAGACACGUCAAUCUCACUCUUACAGAUUCUGCUGUUAUAAAUGCUCUUGAAUAUCAAUACUAUCAGAUAUUUCUGGUCUUUCUGCUCUGUCUGAUGCUGCUGCUGGUGGUUGGAUGCAUCUGCUGGAGAUUUACAAGAGCUAAAAAAGGAAGCAUUGGAAGCCGAGAGAUCCAGAGAGCAAAUGAUGAGGAUGAGGUGACGUACUCCACUGUGAGGCAGAUUAAAGGUAGAAAACCAGCAGAAAAACGGCAACAGAAUGACGUGACAUAUGCAGCGGUUGCACUGAACAAGAGGGUUCAAUCCACUGAGGAUGACGUGACUUACUCCAGCGUCACACAUAUUAAAUGGAAAAAAAGACCUCACAAAAAGGAAGAGGAGGUUGUGUAUUCGACUAUGGCAGACAUGAGCAGAUCUGCUCAGGAUGAUGUUACGUAUUCAUCUGUAGUCCACAUCGAAUCUCACAAACCAAAAUCCUGAUAGAAGAAUGCUGAGGAGGCCACCGUCUACGCAAGUGUGCAGAAAGAUAAAGCAUGAUACACACACCUAAAACAACAUCUCAGACAUUCUGCACUGGGUUAUUGCUUUAUGAUAAUUUUAAAGAGUUGGCUUUUACAUUAAAGUGCCCCUAUUAUGGGUUAUGAAAGAUUCAUAUUUUGGUUUUGGGAGUCCCCAACAACAGGUUGAUAUGCAUGCAAGGUCAAAAAACACUUUUAUUUCCUUAUAAUAUGCAUUUAUUUUUACCUUUACCAAACGAUUCGUUCAAUGAUUAAUUUUUCCAAACCCCUCCUUUGCGUGACGCUAAUCUGCGGUGAUUGGUCGAUUUAAUUUAAAGAAGUGUUUGUGAGCUUUUAACGCUCCAAAAGCGGCACCUAGUGGCAAAGAAUGAAUUUACAUUUUCAUUCAGACCAAUGCGAAAAGACCAACAAGUGGCCGGCAAUACGCUAAUGUUUUAAUGACGACUCAUUUCAAUGAUUCAGAGUCGACUCUUUUCUUUUGAGAGACAAUAACUUUAUACACGGUGCACUUUCAGAUUUAAAACUUUGCAGGAUGUUUUCAUUCACUUAGAGCUGUUUUACACACCGCAUGAAAGCUCAUUUUCAAAAAUCCAUAAUAGGGGCACUUUAACAUAAUUUGCUUUCUAUCAUGUUUACUACUAGCUUAAUUUCAUAUGGAUAGUGUCUUGAUUUACAUUUUGUAAAAAUUAUGACAUUGUUAGAAUAAAUGCUAAAUUUCUGUUUUCUAAGAUUUUUAUAUUUUAAAGAUGAUUGGGCGAUUCAGAUUAUUUCUUAAAUACAAUAAUACAGUUUUCUUACUUUAGAGGCUCUAUAUAAAGCUAUGCUUGGAUUUUGUAUCUGUUUAAUUGCUUAAAUAUUUCUUAAAGUUAUAUUUAUUAUACACUAUUAUACACAUAAACUAUUUUCAUUUAGAAAUUGCUAGUAAAUUUCACAAAUAUUUACAAAGAGUUGGCAAGUAACAUCGAAUUAAAUGUGACAUUUUGAAGUAGACAGAGAAAUCUUAUUUGAUUAAUCAGCAAGUUCUGGUUUCAGCUUCUUGAAAAAAAAUUAUUGAAUCAUGUAUUAGAAAAAAUGCUUUUUUUAAGAAACUAAA